AUGGAAGUCAAUGAAGAUCAACUGUAUGUGCAGGGACAACAGAAAGAAUAUUUAACAAAGGAAUUUAAGGAUUAUGACAGGCCAUGGGAUUUAGGUGGGUAUGCAUUUGGGGCUAGGGAGGGUGACUUACUACUUUUAGGGGAGUCCAGGCAGAAAGCUACAGACAAUGAUGUUGGAACAUAUGGAACAGUAAAUUAUUACUUCAGCGAUGAUCCUGACAGGUUUUCACUUGACAAGGACACAGGUGUAAUAACACUGAUUGCCCGGCUAGACUUUGAGACCACCCCGCGCUACACCAUCACAGUGAUUGCAAGGGAUGGUGGUGGUGAGGAGACAACUGGCCGUGUUCGCAUCAACGUACUGGAUGUCAAUGACAACAUCCCGACGUUUCAGAAAGAGUUGUAUCUAGGAGCAAUCCGAGAAAAUGAACCGUCUGUGGUCACAGUAAUUAAACUUAGGGCAACUGAUGAAGACUCUCCACCAAACAACCAGCUUACCUACACCAUUACAGAGGCUUCAGCAUUCCGCAACUACUUUGACAUCUCAAUUUCUGAAGGCUAUGGAGUUAUUACUGUUGUUCGACCUCUGGAUUAUGAACAAAUCCCAAAUGGUAUCAUUACUUUGACGGUUAUGGCUAAAGACUCUGGGAUACCAUCACUGAACAGCUCUGUACCUGUCACAAUUGAAGUCUUUGAUGAAAAUGACAAUCCUCCCACAUUCAGUCGCUCAUCUUACAUCAUCACGGUGCUGGAAAACAUCAUAGCAGGCGCAACUGUACUUCUGUUGAAUGCAACAGAUUUGGAUCGAUCUAGAGAAUAUGGCCAAGAAUCUAUUAUAUAUACUUUGGAAGGCUCACCUCAAUUUCGUAUUAAUGCCCGAUCAGGAGAAAUCACUACAACAACCCUGUUGGAUCGCGAAGUAAAAUCAGAGUAUAUCAUAAUUAUCCGUGCAAUGGAUGGUGGUGUAGGCCCCAAUCAGAAAACAGGCAUAGCUACAGUAAAUAUCACGUUGUUGGAUAUAAAUGACAAUGCUCCUCAGUGGAAGGAUGAACCUUACCUUAUUAACCUGGUAGAAAUGACACCACCUGAUUCAGAUGUCACUACGGUGGUUGCCUUAGAUCCAGACCUUGCUGAGAAUGGUACUGUAGUAUACACCAUCAACCCUCCCAAUAAGUUCUAUGUCUUAAAUAGUACCACAGGCAAGAUCCGAACAACAGGUGUGGUACUAGACAGGGAGAACCCAAACGCACAAGAAGCUGAACUGAUGAGAAAGAUUGUUAUCUCCGUAACUGACCGAGGAAAACCACCUCUCCGAGCCACAAGCAGUGCAACAGUAUUUGUAAAUUUGCUGGAUCUAAAUGAUAAUGACCCAACAUUUCAAAAUCAGCCAUUCAUUGCUGAGGUGCUGGAAGGCACAUCUGUUGGAGCUUCUGUAUUCCAGGUGGUAGCUAUAGAUCUUGAUGAAGGUCUGAAUGGGCAAGUAACCUAUCAGAUGCCUGUUGGAACGCCACGUAUGAACUUUGUCAUAAAUAACACAACUGGACUGGUUACCUCUACAGUCGUACUUGAUCGAGAAAGGAUCAGCGAGUAUUACCUGAGAGUAGUGGCCAGUGAUGCUGGAUCACCAUCCAAGAGCUCUACCAGCACUCUUACAGUUCGUGUGCUGGAUAUCAAUGAUGAAAGUCCAACUUUUUAUCCAACUCUGUACAACAUCUCACUGGCUGAGAAUGUACCGCGAGAUUACAUUGUGGCACGCCUGAACUGCUCAGAUGCUGAUUCUGGACUCAAUGCAGAGCUGAGCUAUUUCAUUACCGGUGGGAACCAAGAUGGGAAGUUUAUGGUUGGUUAUCGUGAUGGUGUCCUGAGAACAGUUGUGGGGCUUGAUAGGGAGACUAUGGCUUCCUACAGCCUAGUAAUGGAAGCUAUUGACAAUGGGCCAGCAGGAAAUAGGAAAACAGGAACAGCCACUGUCCUGGUGACAGUAUUGGACAUUAAUGAUAACAAACCAAUAUUCUUGAAGAGCAGCUAUGAGGCAACUGUUCCUGAAAAUAUUCCAGAAUCCAGCAGCAUUGUGAAGCUGGAAGCUAGUGAUGCAGACGAGGGGGAGAAUGGGCGAGUUUGGUACCGUAUUGUCAGUGGAAACGACUAUAAUAAUUUUCGAAUUGAUGUUAGUACAGGGCUACUUGUGCGAGGCUCCAAGGCUCUGGACAGAGAGACAAACUCUUCUCAUGUGUUAGUUGUGGAAGCAUAUAACAGCGAUCAAGGUCCUAUGAGAAGUUCUGUGAGGGUGAUUGUGUAUGUUGACGAUGUUAAUGACGAAGCGCCAGUCUUCACACAACAGCAGUACAGCCGAUUGGGCCUACGUGAAACAGUUGGGAUUGGGACUUCUGUUACAGUGGUCAGAGCUACUGAUAAAGACACGGGUGAUGGUGGGCUAGUGGUCUACAAGAUGCUGGUAGGCUCAGAUGGAAAAUUUGAGAUUGACGGAAGCACGGGCCUUCUAACCACAAUCGAUUACUUGGAUUAUGAGACAAAAAUCAGCUACACUAUGAAUGUGUCAGCCACAGACCAGGCUCCUCCAUACAACAGGGGUUUCUGCACUGUAUAUAUCACAUUGAUGAAUGAACCAGAUGAAGUUGUUCAGUUCUCCAACUCCACAUAUGAGGCUGUGUUAUUAGAAAACAUUGCUACGGGCACAGAAGUACUUAGGGUACAAGCACGGUCUAUUGAUAACUUGAACCAGCUGACAUACCGCUUUGAUCAGAACACAAAUGCCCAGGCUCUGUCUCUCUUCAAAAUUGAUAAAAUCACAGGUACAAUAACAGUGAAAGGUUUGGUAGAUCGAGAGAAAGGAGACUUUUACUCCCUGACAGUAGUUGCAGAUGAUGGUGGGCCCAAACUGGAGACUACUCUGGUACAGAUUACAGUUUUGGAUGAGAACGACAACAGCCCCCAAUUUGAUCCAACAUCAGAAUCAGUGGCCAAUGUGGCAGAGGACUGUCCCACCGGCCGAAGGAUAGCUCUAGUCAUGGCUAGAGACCCAGAUGCUGGAAAUAAUGGCGUGGUGACCUUUUCCAUAAUAGGUGGCAAUGCAGUUGGGCUGUUUGAAAUCCGCACCACCAAUGACACAUAUGGUGAAGUUUUCCUAAUGAAAUCCCUGGACAGAGAAUUGCAGGAGCUGCAUGUGUUAAGGAUUCAGGCUACAGAUAAAGGAUAUCCAUCUCGAAGAACAGACUAUACCCUAACAGUGAACGUCUUAGAUGUGAAUGACAAUCCUCCUAUUAUUGGCAGUCGAUAUGGUUACAAUGUUAGUGUGUAUGAGAAUGUUGGAGGUGGAACAUCAAUUAUUCGAGUAAAUGCAACUGACAAGGACAAAGGACUGAAUAGCGUUCUCUCAUAUUACAUCACGCAAGGCAACGAUGACUCCAUUUUCCGCAUGGAUAGGCUCACUGGUGAAAUUUCCACAAGACCAUCCCCUCCUGAUCGUGAAAAACAGAGUUUCUAUCAGCUGAAGGUUGUUGUGGAGGAUGAAGGAAAUCCUGCGCUUUCAGUGAGUACCUUCUUAACGCAACAUUAA